GCGCGACACGGGAAUCGAAUCGACUGGCAGGGCCCACUCUCUCGUCUCCCACACACACAAACACGUGUGUGUGUGUCUCCAGUACUGCUGUAGGGACAUCGACUCCGUGAGGAUGACUCUCCUGCUGAGACGUCGUCAUACCUUGAAGAUGACUCUCCUGCCUAGACGCCCUGAUGAUGAUUGCUGUUUCUCCCGUGUCUGUGUCUCCUUGCUGUCCCGUGUCUCCCCUCUCUCCCGUGUCUCCCCUCUCUCCCCUGUCUCCCGUGUCUCCCCUGUCUCCCGAGUCUCCCCUCUCUCCCGUGUCUCCCCUCUCUCCCCUGUCUUCGCUGCUGGGCGCCUCUGUGGCCCCGCGACCCCUCGCGUCCCUGGGUCGAGGGGUCUCUGCACGCACGGGGAGCCAGUUAGAGGAUCGGUUGUGAGUAAGAGGCACGGCAACAUUCUGUCGGUCGGAAUAAACCGGCCUCACGUCCGUAAUUGCGUCAACGCAGAGGCGGCCCAGUUGCUCCACGAAGCGUUCACCGCGUUUGAAGAGGACGAUGACCUGCUCGUGCUGGUUCUGCACGGCAUUGGUGGAAACUUUUGCGCAGGGUACGACUUGAAAGAACUCGCCAACACGACAGCACCGAUCUCAAUACCAGACGUAGGCAAAGGGCCUGGGCCAAUGGGUCCGUCGCGCAUGGAGCUGACGAAGCCUGUGAUUGCUGCGGUGAGCGGCUACGCCGUGGCCGGCGGGCUGGAGCUGGCCUUGCUUGCGGACAUGAGGGUGGUCGAGGAAGAUGCCACAAUGGGUGUCUUCUGCAGACGCUUUGGAGUACCUCUUAUCGACGGAGGCACUGUCAGACUUCCCAAGUUAAUUGGACUGUCCCGAGCUCUGGAUCUUAUUUUGACUGGCCGUCCAGUUGACGCACAGGAGGCGCAUCAUUUUGGAUUGGCCAAUCGGAUUACGACCAAGGGAAAAGCCUUUGAAGAAGCUAUGAAGUUGGCAGAGCAGAUUUCAUGCUUCCCUCAGAAGUGCCUGCGAUCAGAUCGCCAGUCUGCUUACCGCAACGCGUUCUGUUCUCAAGACCAUCACGAGGCUUUGCAGUUUGAACUUAACAAUGCCAAGCAUGUAAUCAGCGAGGAAUCCAUUAAGGGUUCAUUAAAAUUUAAAUCUGGAUAUGGCAGGGGAGGAACAUUUAAUGACCACUAAGGAUAUUAACGCAACCUUCUAAGGUA